AAGAUGCUCUUACGAGUUGUCUCCUUCGUGAUCAUCUAAAGAUCUGACCUUACCUUGUUUCUGUUCAAAAGUUCUCAACUUUGAGUGAUUCUGUCUCUGGGUUCUUUCGAUACUGCAACAAUCAGGGUCCUGAUGCUAUAAAAGACCACGACUUUGAACUAGGGUUGUGCUCUCUCUCUCUCUCUCCAGUAGAUUGAUUGUUAAAUUGAUGAUUGUUAGUAUCGUAAUCAGUAAUCACUGAUUGUUUUGUUUGAUUUAGUUCUUGACAAGAGUGUUUCGCCCACUGUCUGAAUGUCCAUGGUGGUUACCUGCUGUAAUGUUUUUUGGACCAAGUGAGUUUGAUGUUGAUGACAUGGGUUAUGCAAUGAGUAGACUUGAGACUGAAUCCGAUGCUGGAAGAGACUUUUCUGGAGUUGGUAGUAGUAGUAGUGGUAGUCACAUAUCAAGUGAGCAUUUAGACCAUGAUGAUAUCAACCAGAUCACUAAGUUGAAGUCUAGUCCUCACCAACGGUAUAGCCGUGUUGUCCCUGGGAGACAUGAGUUACCUGUUUCCACUGUGAGGAUGUUGGCUGGUCGAGAAAGUAACUUCUCUGGACGAGGAGGGAGAUUCUCCGCAGCUGAUUGUUGCCAUAUGCUUAGCAGAUAUUUGCCUGUUAAGGGUCCUUGGCUUGUGGAUCAAAUGAACAGCCGAGCUUAUGUCUCUCAGUUUUCAACUGAUGGAUCUCUCUUUAUUGCUGGGUUUCAGGGAAGCCAUAUCCGGAUCUAUAAUGUUGAGAAGGGUUGGAAAGUUCAAAAGGAUAUUCUUGCGAAAAGCUUGCGUUGGACUGUCACUGAUACUUCUCUGUCCCCUGAUCAGCGAAACCUGGUGUAUGCAAGCAUGUCACCUAUGGUUCACAUCGUCGAUGUUGGGUCUGGUACAACCGAGUCUCAUGCAAAUGUUACGGAGAUUCAUGAUGGUUUAGACUUCUCUUCUGAUGAAGAUGGAGGGUACUCUUUUGGAAUAUUCUCUGUUAAAUUUUCAACAGAUGGACGAGAACUUGUUGCUGGGAGCAGUGAUGAAUCUAUUUAUGUUUAUGAUCUUGAAGCUAAUAAAGUUUCACUCCGGACUGUUGCACACACGUCUGACGUAAAUACUGUGUGUUUCGCCGAUGAAAGUGGAAACCUGAUUUUAUCUGGAGGUGAUGAUAACCUCUGCAAGGUGUGGGAUAGGCGUUGUUUCAUUGGGAGAGAUAAGGCAGCUGGUGUUCUAGUAGGACACCUCGAAGGUGUUACAUUUAUCGAUAGCCGUGGAGAUGGUCGCUAUUUCAUAUCUAAUGGCAAAGACCAGACCAUCAAGUUAUGGGAUAUUAGAAAAAUGUCCUCAACCCCACCUGCAAAGCAUGACGUAAUCAGAAACUAUGAAUGGGAUUAUAGAUGGAUGGAGUACCCUCCAGAGGCAAGAGAUCUAAAGCACCCUUUUGAUCAGUCAGUGGCCACGUAUAAAGGCCACUCAGUGUUGCGUACUCUGAUCCGUUGCUACUUCUCUCCAUCACAUAGUACUGGCCAAAAGUACAUAUACACAGGAUCCAACGACAGUUCUGUCUACAUAUACGACUUGGUAAGUGGUGAUAAAGUGGCAGUGCUAAAGCACCAUAGUUCACCUGUAAGAGACUGUAACUGGCAUCCGCAUUACCCUACGCUUAUAAGCUCGUCAUGGGACGGAGAUCUUGUUAAAUGGGAAUUCCCGGGGAGGGGUGAGGCGCCAAUCACGAGCAAGAAGAGGGUUCGGAGGAGACAUUUAUACUACUGAGCAACUACAUUUACACAUACUCAUGUAUGGGUCUAUGUAAGUUAAUAUUGUAAAAUGUAGAGAAUAAGAUGAUUGACGGUAUAAACACAAGUGAGAAUCAUCAAAUAAGGCUUCCAAAGUAAAAAGGCUAUGGUGUAUGUUGUUUUAAAAAAGGUACCAUUAUUUUCUCAACCAUUUUUAAGAAGUUUUGUAUAAUGAUAUGCAGUACUAAUUUAUUGCAAGUUUUGUCA